UUCUCACAGUGACGAGCCUGUGUCGUCGUCAAACAGGAACCGGCCGGUUAACUUUAUGAAUGAGGCGGCCAGACAUCAGGUUUAAUGUUGCGCGGUCAGAGUUAGGAUUAGCUCAUGAGGAGGCGGCGGUCCAGUUGUGUCUGUGCUCCCGUUAUUACAGUCAGUCACGAGGAUUCACGCAGACAUUUCAUUUCGCUGGUGUCAUUAUUCGGGCUGUCGGAAAUAUUGCCUGCGACAGAAUAGUUGCCUGAAGGUGGUUAGCUAACCGCUGCUGCCCUUUCAGAGGAGGACGAAGAAGACCUUUUUUUUUUUAUUAUUUAACUCACAAAAGGUCUUUCAGACAGGCCUUUUGUGUUUUAUUCACGUGUCCUUUAGCUGUUUAUUGAACUAUGCUAGUGGCUAACUACUGGCUUCAGACGUGUACUACCAGUCUGUGAAACAGCCUCCUCAUACUGCGGAAGAGUUGAGCAGACAGACGUUGUAACAGGGUGUGCAAACGUUUCACUGUGAAUUAUCGACAAGAGGACCAAAAAGAUAAGAUUCAUCACCCUGAAGAACUAUGGAACUGUCCCUGGCUCACCCAGCUAUCAAAGCCUUCAUGUGUGGCUCCUUCAGUGGGACCUGCUCCACGCUGCUUUUCCAGCCCCUCGACCUCAUCAAGACGCGCCUGCAGACGUUGCAGUGUGGCAUGAAGCCUGGCUCGAACAGAGUGGGGAUGGUGACUGUGCUCUUGAGCGUGGUGCGGACAGAGAAGUUGCUUGGACUGUGGAAAGGAGUUUCACCGUCCUUUGCUCGCACCAUCCCAGGAGUGGGGCUCUACUUCAGCACCUACUACUCUCUGAAGCAGCACUUCUUCCAGGACAGGACCCCAAUGGCCUUUGAGGCCGCGCUGCUGGGAGGUGGGGCGCGGACCGUGGCGGGGAUCCUCAUGCUGCCGGUCACAGUCAUCAAGACACGCUUUGAAUGUGGAAAAUACAGUUAUGUGAGCGUGACUGGGGCUCUGCGCAGUGUGUGUCGGACUGAAGGUCCUGCAGCUCUGUUCUCCGGCCUGAUGGCGACUCUCCUCAGAGAUGUUCCCUUCUCUGGUAUCUACGUCAUGUUCUACAGCCAGACCAAGGCCUCACUGCCAAAAGAAAUCAGCACGUCUCCUUCCGCCCCCCUGGCUAACUUCAGCUGUGGGAUCCUGGCAGGUAUAGUGGCCUCCCUGAUCACGCAGCCUGCUGAUGUGGUCAAAACACAAGUCCAAGUCACUCCACAGCUGAGGACAGCAGAGGCUGUCAGAUACAUCUACUUGGAACACGGACUCCAGGGCUUCUUCAGAGGGGCAGUCCCACGGGCACUGAGGAGGACCAUGAUGGCCGCCAUGGCAUGGACAGUGUAUGAGCAGAUGAUGGCUCGUGUGGGACUGAAGUCCUGAGGUGGAGAUUUGAUGAGACGCCUUUGAGAGAAAGAGAGGGCUAAAGUCGAGACAGAGAUGAGUGGACAGGACGGAACUGUGAAAAUGCAGACGGGUGUGACGAUGUGUCGCUGAUAUGAGUGUCAAAGACUAUAUUAUAUUUCACUGGAGGUGCAGAGUGGACACUUGUUGCCUAAAUUACUAACACAGACUUCAAGAGGGAUGUGGUACAUUGGUUUGCUGAAAUUCAGAAGCCCGAUUUUUUUUGUUUUUGGGGCCUGGGGGACUUAACUUUGUAUUUUUGAAUGAUAUGGGAAUCCUAUGAUGUUCUGUAUUGCACUACAAGUUGUCAAAUUUUGUAAAACUUAAUGAGUAGCUUGAGUGAAAUUUUCCAUGUUUUAGAAAUGCCUCAGUGGGAAUUCCUGUGUCUGGUUUCUCCACAGUUGUGGAACAUGUACAAACCAUCAUUACUCAACACAGCUUCCCAGAUAGCUCAGACUUCAAUAAUGCACUUUAACCCAUAGCGUUUCUCUCGCGGCACAGUUUGCCUGUUGAAUGCCUUUCGCUUAACACUGUGUAUAUUUAUAUUCUGAUAUGUGCUCGUACUACUUUCAUCUGCCUUCAAAUGUCCUGAUUUUUGUUUUGAUAUUUUUAUUUUCAUGCAAAGAUGUGGUUGAAGUGUUCUUUCCUUUUUUUUUUUUUUUAAAGAUGCGCAAGAAAAUAAAACACUACAGUAUUUCUAUGGAA